GGACUGCAUAUAGAGAUUAUAAUUUUUUUUUUUAAAGCGAUGGUCUGCUAACAAAAAAAAUUUAUAGCAGCUAUACCAUAUAUGAAUUAGAAACCCUUGAAAAUUAUCCUAAAGUAACUCAACCACUACUUAACUAGAAACGGCGUCAUGGCUAAACCCGUUAGAGUUAAGACUACUGAGUCUUCUAAGAGACAUGCGUUCUCGUCAUUCAGAGAGAGGGUGGAUUCUAUUAAGAUCGAACCCAAUCUAAGUUUAUCCAAAAGGGCGUUUGAUUAUGCUGAAACUUCCCAUUUCCUUUCUACUUUACAACAUUGGAAAGAAAUAAACUUAAGUGGUAACUUUACUGACUUCUUAGAUAAAGUAGAAAUCAAUUCUCAAUCAUUACCUCAGAUUUUACAUCAUCAAGAUUCUAUAUUCGAUGCAUUAUAUUCCAGUAUUGAAAAAAAUGAUGUUCAUUCAAUUCAACCAUUAUUAGAAUUAUUAUCCCAAUUUAUUCAUGAUUUAGGUCCUGAUUUCAUGCCUUACUAUAUCAGAUUCUUAAAUCUUUUAACUACAAUUGCCCUUAAUACUGAUCCUAAUGAUUCUCAAAAUGAUAGAAAUACUUCAAACGUUUUAGAGUGGAGUUUCAAUUGUUUAACUUUUGCAUUUAAAUAUUUAUCAAGAUCUUUAAUUGAUGAUUUAAAACCAACUUUUGAAACUUUAUUACCUAUAUUGAAAGUGGAACAAAAGACUUAUAUUUCCCGGUUUUGUGCUGAAGCUUUAUCAUUUUUAAUUAGAAAACUGAAAAUUGAUGCCUUAAAUAAUAUUAUCCAAUUUUCAUUUAAUGAUCAAUCAUCAACUAUUUUAGAAAAUGAUUCAUAUUGUGAAUCUUUAAUAACAUUAUACAGUGAAUCAAUGAAAAAUACUCAAGGUACCUUCCAUUCCAAAUCAACUAUUAUAUUAUCAAAUCUUAUAGAAAAUGCUUUAUCAAAUCCUGAUUCUUCAAUCCAAAGUAAAUAUAUCUCCAUAGUAUCUGAUAUAUUAUUAGAUAUUAUCAAUCAUGGAUCAGAAGAUUCAUGUGAAAGAUUUUACAGUUUAACUUCACAAUACCUUAAAUCAAUACUAGAAGAAACCACCAUGAUAGAUUCUGUAAUCUCAGUUAGUCAACUUAUUAAUGUAUUAUGUUUUGCUGAAUCAGGUAAGAAAAUAAAUAGUUGGCAACCAAUCGUUGAAGUUGUUAAUUCAUUAAUGAAUAAAAUAACCAUCACUUUAGGAUUUGAAGAAGAAUCUAAUUAUAAUGAUUUAAUGGAAAGUAUGAUAUACCUUUUUUCAAUUUUUUUCAGAAAUGCUAGUAUUCAAACAUUAACUAAAAAUCAUAAAUCAAUUUUUGAUUUUAUGAUAUCAAUAAAUAAUGGUCAUUACUUUUUACUGUUUUCUCAAUCCUGUUUAUCAGUAAAUCAAGAGAAAUUACUUAAUUUUGGUAUAGUUAAUACCAUUCAAGAUUAUGUUCAUAAUAUUCCUCAAAAUGAAGUCGAAUUAAGACAGUUAUCAUUAUUUUUAGCUACUUUAAAUAAGACUAAUAACGAAAUUGCAUCAAAAAUAGAUAUCCCUAAUACAUUAAAGGUAUCUUUAAUAGAACAAGUUUCUCAAUAUCCUAAUGACUUGGAAAAAUUAUAUUGGAGAUUACUUAUCUUAAGACAUAAUGGAAAUAAAUUAGAAUCAUUAAAUCCUCAAGUAUUGGUAAACCUUAUUAAAUCAUUACUUUCCAGUGAUUCAGAUAACAUGUUUAAUCAUGAUAUAAUAGCUACUUCAUGUGACUCUUUAACAGAAGUAUUAGAUAUAAAUUCUACUGAAACUCAAGUUGAUAUAUAUAAUCAUUUAAUCGAAAAAUUUGAUAUCUUAAAAGAAUCAUCCAUUUUCGUCAUUGCAUUUAAUAGAUUUUUGAUUAAGUUUAAACAAUCAGUUUCAAGUAUUUUAACUAAACAAGUGGAUUCAUUAUUACAUAAAAUAGCUGAAAAUUUAUUCCUUCCUAGUAAUGUGUCUCGUAUUGCUGCCAUUGAUCUUAUUCAAACCUUUUAUGAUGUUGCAGGUAUGACAGCUCCAUUUUAUUUACCUCAAAUAAAGUUGAUUGAACAAAUUCCAUUGUCCAUUAAUACCAGUAGAGAUUUGACUCUCAGAAUUAAGAAUUUAUCAAAGGAAUUCAAAGCCCAUUCCAAACCAUCAGAACUUGAAUGUACUUAUAUAACUAAUUACUUUUUUGGAUUAUUAUCAAAUAGAUUUCAACCUAGUUGGCAAGCUGUUUAUGAUUGUCUUCCUGAAUUAGCUACUACAUGUUCUGAACUCAUAUGGAAUUUAGCUUAUAGAUUCAUCACUUUUGAUUAUAAUGAUCAAUCAUACACAUAUAAUCCUGUUGAUGAAACUGAAUUUGAACAUACUAGUAGUUUAAUUGAUUGGCAACCAAACAAUUCACGUUUAAAAAAUAAUUUUACUUCAUUUGAUGGAAUAUUUCUUUCAAAAUAUAGAAAUAUCUAUAAUUCAAUUUUAGAGUUUGCUGAAAAUUCAAGAGAAACACAUGUUUACAGUAAAUUAGUAAGAUCACAAGUAAUCCAAGCACUUACUCAUGUGGUAUAUAUUGCGGAAAAGAACUCCAGCAAAUUAAUUCCAUUAGCCUUGAAUCAAUUUGAUGAAGAUGAUGAAGAAAAUAGUGCUUCAGCUACCUGGUCUUUAAAAGAUAGAAAUGAACUUAUCGGAUUGUUUGCAAAGUUCAAAAAAUUAAAGAAAGUGAAUGAUGCAGAUUUAUUAUAUGAUCAUUUAUUAAAAUUACUUUCUAAUAAGAAUUUACUGGUUCAAAAAUUGGCUUUAGAUGCAAUCCUUAAUUGGGGAAUUCCAGCCGUUAAUAGAUACAGAGAUAACUUGAGAAAUUUAUUGGACGAUACUAUUUUCAGAGAUGAACUUUCCAACUUUAUUAAUCCUGGAUCUGACAGUAAAAUUGAAGAAGCCAAUUUAGCUGAAUUAAUGCCACUUGUAUUAAGAGUAUUGUUUGGUCGUGUUCAAGGGGCUACCAAAAGUAAUAGCAAAGUUGGUAGAAAAUUCGCCGUUAUAUCAGUGUUACCAAACUUUUCAGAUGAUUAUAUUAUUCAAUUUAUAAAAUUAGGUUCAGAAAAGAUUGCUUAUAUGGAUUAUUUUAUGGACGGAACUUUACCAGAAUUGAAUGCUCCAACUUUAAAGAAGAUAAAUGGUUUUGUCAAUUUAUUAAGUGAAAUUUAUAGUACAUUAGGAUCUAAAUUCAGUUCUGCUUUACUUUCUACUGUUGAACCUUUAGUAUUCUCAUUGGUAGUGGCACAGAAAAGAAUUGAUUCAGAAACAAAUUCUUCAAGCCAAGUCAGUGUUAAUGAAGAUAAGGCAGCUAGAUCAGUAAGACAAAUGGGUAUGAGAUGUUUGAAUGAUUUAUUCAAAUUAGUUGGUGAUGCUUAUUCUUGGGAAGAUCAAAUAUCGCUUAUCUAUGAAAAUUUAAUGAAGCCAAGAUUACCAAACUUUUCUUCAGAGAAUUUACAACAAGUUUCUUCAUUAAUGAGAAUCAUGUUAAACUGGGUAGAGUCUGAAAAUACAGUUGAAUUUUUAUUUAUUGACGAUUUUGCUCCUGCAAGAGCUAUAAUUUCAUUACUUGGAUCAACCAAAGCCAAGGAAAGUGUUGUUUCAGCCGUUUUGGAAUUUACUAUUAAAGCGUUGUCUAAGAAAGUUACUCAUGAUCAAUAUUUUACAUUUUUAGCUUUGUUAGUAGAUUCAUUAUUAAAGAAUUUACCAGCUAUGAUAGAAUCUAUUCAUAAUCGUGAGAUAAAUUCAAAAGCAGUCAAUGUAUUGUUGCUUUUGAUUGAUGGUGGCUUCAUUGAUGAUGAUUCUACGAGAUCAUCUUUAAUAGAAUCUUUAACCAAGGCUCUUGAAAAACCAGUUAGUCUGAUGGACUCAUCAGAUAAGUCUAGUAUUUUGAUUACCUUGUCUUCAUUAAUACAGGAUUACGAUUGUACUUUUGCUGAUAUUGAACCUUUGUAUAAUUCAUGUUCCAAGUUAUUCAGGGUUCACCCUGAAAAGCGAAUUAGGGAAACCUUAGUUGAUGUUUUCAGAAGUAUUGGAGACAAAUUUGAAGAUUACAAGGAAAUUGCCAGCCUUCUUGAAGGUUUAAACUCCUAUUCACAGAAGAGAAUGCAAGAAUUAGAUUUCGAAAAGAGAUUACAAAGUUUUAACUUACUUAAUGAGGAAUUAUAUCUUUCACUUACUCCAUCUCAAUGGAUGCCGCUUUUGUGUUGUGCUCUUUUCUUUAUUAAUGAUACAACAGAACUUGUUAUCCGAACAAAUGGAGCUUACACAUUAAGAAGAUAUAUCGAUUGCUACUCUGCUAUAACUGAUGAAUCAACAGUUGCAGAAUAUGUUUCAUUACUCAAGAACUUAAUUUUACCUCACCUUAAAAUUGGUUUAAGAAAAGAUAAAGAAGAGAUUCAAAGUGAGUACGUUUCAGUCUUAGAACAUAUAGUUGUUGAAUCAAAACAUUUUGUUGAAUUACAAGACAUGAGAGUUCUUACUUUCCACAAUGAUGAUGAAUCUAAUUUCUUCAAGAACAUUAACCACAUCCAAGUUCAUAGAAGACAAAGAGCUGUUAAGAGACUUCUGGAAUAUGGUAAUCAAUUGACAGCAAAUUCUAUUUCCCAUUAUAUUUUACCAAUCAUUGAAAGAUAUGCUUUCACUGACGAAGAAAGAUUAAAAAAUAUUGCUAGUGAAACUGUUGAAACUAUAAAUCAUCUUAUCAAAUGUAUUAGUUGGAAUCACUUUAAGGCAUUAUUUAGAAGAUAUUUGAGUAACUUGAGAUCAGGUAAAGAAACACAAAUUAAAAUUCAUGUUAACUUGAUUGUGUCUAUUUCUAAAGGUUUUAUGGAAUCUAAGCAAUCUCAAGGAGAAGAUUCAACAGAGAGGAAUAUUAGCAAUCUUCCAUCUGAUCAGUCAGAAAUCGAUGAUUUUAUCUUGAAGGAAAUGUUUCCACCAUUGUUGAAAAUUUUAGUGAUUAGAAAAGAUGAUACAAUCGUUGCAAGAGCUCCGUUAGCAGAAGCAUUGUCUUGUCUUCUUGUUUGUAUUUCAGAGAAUUUAAUCGAAUCUGAAUUACCAGGUGUAUUGACUAGUACUUGUCAGGUUAUGAGAUCUAGAUCCGAAGAAUUGAGAGAUGCAAUCCGUAAAACUUUAGGAAAUAUUUUGAAUUUAUUGGGUCCUAAGUAUUUCAGAUUUAUCUUAAAAGAGUUAAAAGCUGCUCUUUCUAGAGGUUCUCAAAUACACGUCUUAAGUUACACAAUUCACUAUUUGUUGGUUUCUAUUUCUGCUUCAUUAAAACAUGGGGAUUUAGACGAUUGUAUAGAAAUGCUCGUUGAGAUCAUUAUGGAGGAUAUAUUUGGUGCUGCAGGUCAAGAAAAAGAUGCAGAAGGUUAUACAAGUAAAAUGAAGGAAGUUAAAUUCAAGAAAAGUUUUGAUAGUGGUGAAAUUGUCUCAAGUAACGUUAACUUAGCCUCUUUUAGUUUGCUCAUCAACCCAAUUAAAUUACUUUUGAGAGAAACCAUUUCAUUCAAGACUCAAAACAAAUUGGAUGAAUUGUUGAGAAGAUUUGCCUUGGGAUUGAACCACAAUGAAGAGGCCGGAUCUAGAGAUAUACUUGUAUUAUGUUAUGAAAUCCAUAAACAAGGUACUCCUCAAGUUUCUGAGCCACGAACCUCAAAAUCCAAAACACAAGAGCAUUUCUUAGUCAAUUUAAACUCCAAGGUUAAUAAAUCGCAUGUUAACAAUCUUCAGCUUACUCAAACAUUACAAAAAUUAUCAUUUGAAAUGUUAAGCACUGCUAUUACUAGACAUGAUUCACUUUUAUCUCCUCAUCUUUUAGAAGGAUUCGUUCCUUUGUUAGACGAUUGUCUUAAAUCAGAAAGUGAAGGAGUGGUAAUGUCAAGUCUUAAGGCUCUUAAUAUAAUCAUUAGACUUGAGUUUUCUGAUCAAGAAAAUGCUAUUUUCAAGUCGGCUGUCAGAAGAUCGUUGCAGAUAAUUAAAGAUUCUCCUUCGACAAACUCUGAAAUAUGUCAAUCUUCAUUGAAAUUUCUUGCUACUGCACUUCGUAAUAAAGCUGAUAUAGGUUUAAAAGAUAGUGCUUUUGCCUAUGUUUUAAGUAGGGUUCUUCCUGAUUUGGAAGAGCCUAACAAACAAGGGUUGGCAUUUAACUUCCUUAGAGCUGUCGUUGCACAGCACGUCAUGCUUCCUGAAGUUUAUGAUACAAUGGAUAAAGUUUCGAAAAUAAUGGUAGUUAAUCAUUCUAAAGAAAUUAGAGAUAUUUCAAGAAGGAUUUAUUAUCAAUUCUUGAUGGAAUAUGAUCAAGGUAGAGGAAAAUUAGAAAAGCAAUUUAAAUUUUUGGUGAACAAUUUAGCAUAUCCUACAGAAGCAGGAAGACAAUCAGUAAUGGAGUUGGUACAUUUAGUCAUUUCUAAGGCCGGUUUGGAAUUACUUGAGAAGAUUUCCAGUUCAUUUUUUGUUGCUUUGGCAAAUGUCAUAGUUUCAGACGAUUCUCCAAAAUGUAGAGAGAUGGCCAGUGCACUUAUUGGGACAAUUCUUUCGAAGUUGGGAAGAGAUAACUUAUCAAAUGUUGAAAAGUAUUGUAUUGCAUGGUUAAAUCAAUCAAACAAUACGUUAUUGAAAAGAUGUGGAUUUAUUAUUUAUAAAUUGUAUGUCAACGAGGUUGGAUUUUCAGAAGAUGGUUCCUUUGAUAAGAUAGCUUUAGAGAAUGCUCGAAAGAUUAUAGAUAUGUCAAGCUCAGAGAAUGACGAGCAGGUGGAGUGGGAGUUAUUAUACUCAUCUUUAUCAUUAUUUUCUUCAGUUUGUUCAAAAUUGAAAAAUAAGGUCCUUCAAGACGAGUACGAAUCAACAUGGAAAUCCAUUAUCAAUGUCCUUUUGUUCCCUCAUGCUUGGGUGAGAUUGAUUUCUUCAAGAUUAAUUGGUAUUCUUUUGUCAUCACUUGACAAGGUAUCGUUUGAGUUCUCAAAUUAUACCUUGCAAACGAUUGCAUAUAGAUUAUUACGUCAAUUAUCAGCUCCAGGAAUCACAGAGGAACUUGGAACUCAAGUUGUAAAAAAUUUGGUUUUAAUUUCAAUGUAUUGGCAGAGCAAUAAUAUAAAGUAUGAAGAAAAUGAAACCAAUGAACCAACAGAAAGCACAGGGGAAAAGUAUGAACAUGCUAAUGAAUUUCUUAUAUCAAGAGUAUGCUCAGUAUUAAGACAAGAAAGGACAGCAUUUAUUGCUAAGAAGAGUGGAAUAAAGCUUGUUGCUAUGCUUAUACAAAUUUUCAACGAGCAAAGGCUUAUAGAAUCGAGUGAAGCAAUCUUGUUAGCUUUAUACAACUUUACUGAAAUGGAUCCUUCCGAUAGCAGACAAGAUGAAGAGAUUGUUAACUUGACUUUAGAAUGCAUGCAAUUAAUCGAACAGAAGUUAGGUGUUUCAACUUACACCAAGGUUUAUGCUCAAGUUAAACUGAAGGUCAAUUUAAGAAGACAAGAAAGAAAGACAAAAAGAGCUCAAAUGGCUGUAAAUGCUCCCGACAUAUCAGCAAAGAGGAAAUUAAGGAAGCAUGAAAGAUUUAGAGAAAAGAGAAAACACGAAAAGGAUGAGAAUGGCUACUACCGUAGUAAAAAGAAAAGAGCUAUAUAG